AUAGAUGAUAAAAUUUGGAGUUUGAUGUAGAAACUUUGAAUAACAGAUGUAUAACAAUAAAGAUAUGUUAAACAAAGAUCAAAUUGUACAGGCACUAGAAAAAUCAUAUUUUGAUGCCAAAAUAGUCGAAAAAAACCUUAGGCAACAUAUACCAUAUAGUCCAAGGUAUUGUUUUUUCUUCACCCAUUCUUCUCCUUUUCCAUUUUCUCUUUCUUUCCUCCAUUUUUGUAGUCAUUCGUUGUUUUUGCUGAGCGAUUUCAGUAACGGUAAGCUCUUCAUCAAUUCAAGCUUGAAAAAUGAGAUUUUGAUGAAUACUUGUUUUUUCAUGCCUGUGAAUUAUUCUGAUUUUUGUUGUUGGUUUCCUGCUGCUUCUGUUCGUGGACCUUCAAGUUAUGUAUAUAUAUAGUUUUACUUUAAGAUAGAAGGAAGGUGUUUGAUCGUUUAGACUAUAAUGUACUAGUAUUAGUAAAUGAUUGAGAACAUGCUCCAUCAUAUAACAAUGACAACAACAUACCUUGUGAAAUCCCACAAGUGGACUAUGGGGAGGAUAGAAUGUAUAUAUGCUGUUGUACGUAUGUAGAAAAUAUUUGCCAAACAGGAAUUAAGCUAUGUGUCCAAAUGACUAAUUUUCCACAUGAAAAGAAUCACCCAUGGUGGAGUGACUUCAUUGAUAAAACUUGAUACCGUUCCAACACUACUACCUAUUUCUUUGAAAAAACUUAGUAAACUUAAGGUUGUUUGGUCAUAGCCUAAUGAAAGGAGCAAGUUUGACAGUUUUUGGUGCAUAUUGGAUCAUUAGAAGUUUCAUGCUUAAAAUCUUGGUGAGAAUUUAGGUGUACCAAAAGACAAGUAAUGACCAAAUGCUUAAAUAUCUAAUUAUGGAUGGAAAAGGCAAUAAUUGAAGACCACCCCAAAAUAGGGGCAAUCUGGGCAAAAACUUCAAACCUUCAAUCCAAAACUAAAUUCAUAUUAAGAUCCAUUAAUCUUCAAGCAAUGCACUUCUCAUACGAAGAGUGUCAACUUUGUUAUGAUUUUGGUUAGGUUUGAAUAAAUUGAAGUGCGAAUGGAGUGUGUGGUUCAGGGAAUUAUUGAGACUCAACAUGUCGAGGCCCUGGAAAUUCUGCUUCAAGGGCUUUGUGGUGUACAUAAACAAAGCUUAAGGAUUCAUGAACUGUGCCUUAAAAGUGUCCCUAACCUAGGCUUAGUAGCAUCAGACAUACGGCUCUUAUGUGAUCUUGAGCAGCCAGAACCUGCAUGGACUGUUAGACAUGUUGGUGGUCCGAUGAGAGGUGCUGGUGCUGAACAAAUUUCAGUGUUGGUGAGACCAAUGCAAGAAAGCAAAAUAAGCAAGAAUGCAUUACGCUUAUUUUAUUCACUUGGCUACAAGCUAGACCAUGAGCAGCUGAGAGUUGGUUUUGCAUUUCAUUUCCAAAGAGGUGCCCAGAUAACUGUAACAGUUUCAUCCAUCAACAAGAUGUUGAAACCUCAUGCUAUCGAUGAUGCAGUGCCUGUGACUCCAGGCAUACAGCUAGUUGAAGUGACCGCACCAGCUUCAUCUGAAAAUUAUAAUGAAGUUGUUGCAUCUGUAACGUCCUUCUGUGAAUAUCUUGCACCGCUCCUUCAUUUGUCAAAACCCGGUGUCUCAACAGGGGUUGUUCCUACUGCAGCUGCAGCUGCUGCAUCUCUGAUGUCUGAUGGUGGAGGCACAAAGUGAAUGGAAAAUUACUCAGUACCAUUUCUCUGUCUUAAAUUUCUGUUGCAGUUAUCAUAGCUGAAGAAUGAGACGUAUUUCGCCAUUCUCCUUCCCAAAAACUUCAAUGCUUGUCCUUCUGUAAUUGACAUUAAAUACCUGAUCAUCGAUAUGCAACGUUGCUCAUGCAUAGAAUAGAGUUAUAAUACCCUUUGGUACUGAAUUGCGAAAAACAAAGCACAGCAGUGCUCUCUUUGAUCUAUAAUUGUUUGACUCUUUUCUUGUUUAUGUGUUAUGCUCAAAGCACAUGAGAUGUUUAAGUGAUUAUAUUUGGUUCUUUGGGCAGUAAGAUUUCAGUUUCAAAUACUGUCUUAUGUGAA